AUGCUCAAAAACAAAAGUCAAGCACUAGUACAAAAGGACAGAUGGGAGUCUGAAAAUAAAGUUCAAGUUAAGGAACAAGACAAAGAGGCAAAUGUUUCUAAUACAAUUAAAGUUAACAAGUCUAUUGCUAUGGAUGUUAACUCAAUGAUAGUUCCUGUGUGGUUGCACCAUAAAAGUGACGAGCAGAAAAAAGUCUUGGUGUAUGCAUUACUUGAUGAUCAGUCUGAUGUAUGUUUUAUUAAAAACAGUGCUCUAGGUAAGUUAGGCAUUGGUGGAAUAAAGGUUCAUCUAAGAUUAGCUACUAUGAAUGGUGAACAAACUGUUACAUGCUCUAAAACUUGUGGUUUAAUUGUAAAGGGUGUGUAUGAAAAUAGAGAUAUACCAUUGCCUCAUACUUAUUCUAGACAAGUAAUUCCUUGCAGACGAGAUCAAAUACCAAGACCUGAAACUGCCAGAGGUUGGCCACAUUUGGAAAGAAUAGUAGAGAAACUGAUGCCUUACAGUGAUGAUGUAGAAGUAGGACUCCUGAUUGGUCUCAAUUGUAUUAAGGCAAUUAAGCCAAAGGAAAUCAUUACUGGCAAUGACAAUGAUCCCUAUGCAAAACGAACUGAUCUUGGUUGGGGCAUUGUAGGUAAAGUCAGAGGUGUUGAUUCAAAGGAAGUAGAUGUAGUCUCAGUGCACAGAACAAUGAUGCAAGAAGUAAUAAUUAAUCAUGAGAAGAAAUGUUGUCUUUUCACAGUGCCUACAAAGGUCAAAGAGAUUAUUAAUCCUGAGCAAGUAAAAAAGAUGUUUGAGAUUGAUUUUAAUGAAGUAAAUGAUGAUUGUCCUAUUUCUCAAGAUGAUAAAAUGUUUAUAAAAAGAAUGAGAGAAGGUAUUCAUCAGGUUGAAAGAGGUCAUUAUGAAAUGCCUCUGCCUUUAAAGAAUAUAGAUUUCAAGUUCCCAAAUAAUAGAGAUGUAAUUUUGCACAGGUUAAUGAAUCUUAAAAGAAAGUUUAGGCAAAAGAAAGAUUACUAUGAAGAUUAUGUCAAAUUUAUGAAGGAUCUCAUAGAGAAAGGUUAUGCAGAACCAAUCCCAAAGGAAGAAUUAAGUAGGGAUGAUGGGAAGGUUUGGUAUAUUCCACAUCAUGGUGUUUACCAUCCCAAAAAGCCAGGGAAAAUAAGAGUAGUUUUUGAUUGCAGUGCUCGCUAUCACAAUGUAUCACUGAAUGAUAACCUUUUGAAAGGUCCAGACUUGACAAAUAAUCUUACAGGAGUAUUGUGUAGAUUUCGCCAAGAACCAGUAGCAUUUAUUUGUGACAUAAAGCAAAUGUACCAUCAAGUUAAAGUUGAAUGUCAAAACAGAGAUUUACUUAGGUUCUUAUGGUGGAAAAAUGGUAAUUUAGAAGAUGAAAUAAUAGAAUUCAGAAUGACAGUUCAUCUUUUUGGAGCUACUUCAUCUCCUAGUGUUGCAAACUUUGCAUUAAAGAUGGUAGCAGAUCAGUAUGAAAAAGAUUGUGGUCAUGAGACGGCCAAAUUUGUCAGAAAUAAUUUUUAUGUAGAUGAUGGGUUAAUGUCAGUGUCAACAAAUGGUGCAUGGAAUCCCUUGGGACUAGUAUCUCCAUUGAUUCUAUUAGGAAAGAAAAUAUUCCAGGAUUUAUGUAGGGGUAAAGUAGAAUGGGAUGAUCCUGUGCCUGAUCAUAUUAAACCCUUGUGGGAAAAAUGGAGAAAUGAAUUAUGUGAGUUGCAGAACCUUAAGUUGCCAAGAUGUUAUAAACCAGAAGGCUUUGGAGAAAUGAAAUCAGUAGAAUUACACCAUUUUUCAGAUGCAUGCCAAGAUGGCUAUGGACAGUGUUCAUAUAUUAGAUUUGUUAAUGUUAAUGAUGAAAUUCAUUGUUCUUUAGUUAUGUCCAAGUCUAGAGUUACUCCAUUGAGAGCUGUUACUAUUCCAAGAUUGGAACUGACAGCAGCAGUAGUGUCAAGUAAAGUAAGUGUCAUGUUAAGAAAGGAGCUUGAUUAUCAAAAUAUCAAGGAAAUAUUUUGGACAGACAGUAAAGCAAUCUUAGGAUACAUUUCAAAUGAUGCCAAAAGGUUUCAUGUUUUUGUUGCAAAUAGAGUUCAGUAUAUUAGAGAUAGGACUGAUCCUAUUCAAUGGAAUUAUGUACAGUCAGAGUCAAAUCCAGCAGAUUGUGCUGCACGUGGACUUUGUGUCAAAGAAUUCAUGGAUAAUUUGAUGUGGUGGAAUGGUCCAAAGUUUCUUUGGAAGAAACUUGAUUAUUGUUCCUGUGAUCAAAGAUCCAUUUUUGAGGAUGAUCCAGAAGUCAAGAAAGUGUCAUUUGUAGUAACUUCAAAGAAAGAAGAAUCAUUUCUUGAUAGAUUAGACUAUUUCUCAGAUUGGUUUAGAGCUAAAAGAGCUACAGCAUUGUGUUUAAGACUACAAAGUAAGUAUAAGAAAACCACAGAAACAUCUGAGGAGAAAAAUGAUAAGAGAAAUGUAACAUAUAGUCCUGUGACAGUUUCAGAGCUUGAAAAGGCAGAGAAAGUAAUAAUAAAGGAACUUCAGAGUAAAUACUAUGCAGACGAAAAAAGAGUUCUUCAAACAAAGAAAGUCCUAAAUAAGAGAAGCAGUUUGUACAAAUUAGAUCCAUUUAUGGAUAUUGAUGGAAUCAUGAAAGUACGAGGAAGACUUAGUCAAGCAAACUUGAAUGAAGCAAGUAGACAUCCUGUAAUUUUGCCAGGUAGAUGCCACUAUCACCAUCAAGGUCGUGGCAUAACAUGAAAUAAGAGCAGGUUACUGGGUGGUAAAAGGAGUAAAGAGUUUAAUUAUGUUAUUAGAAUAUAAGGAAUAGAAAUUUUAUUUGAGUUAACUCAAUGUACUUUAUAUCCAGGGAAGUCCCCGCCAAAGAGCUUUAUUUUAUUUGUGAUAAAAGAUAAAUGUUUUAUUUUUGUAUUUACUUUCAGAAAAGAAAGUUUUAUAAAGUUUAUAGUUUUAAGGUAGUAUAAUGUUGAUUGUAAAUUGUAAACAAUUUAGGGGAGCCAUGUAAGUGUAGCAGCCCAGUUAAGAAAGUAAAGAUGAAUAAAAAUGUUUUAAAAGACUAUGUGCCAAAGUCGCAUACAUAGACGGGUAUUGGAACUCGGUUGUUUACUUCAACGGCAGCUGUGGUCGCCUAAACAGCGCCAGGCCCUAUUGUAGGGGUUUGGAGUUUUACGUAUGAUUACGGAUAUGGAAGAUGUAGAAACUGUAUUCAUCAGUUAUGGAGAAUAAAGGAAGCAACAACAA